UUCACUACUCUUGCAUCUCUUCAAAACUUUCAUCCAUGAAUACCUUAAUUGUUCAAGAAGAAUCAAUUACUUCUUCUCACUUCUUUUAUGAUGUAUUUCUAAGUUUUAGAGGUGAAGAUACCCGAAAAAACUUCACGGGUCAUCUUUAUUACCGGUUGUGCCAAGUCGGAGUUAAUACCUUCAUAGAUGAUGAGGAAUUGAGAAAGGGUGACGUGAUUUCAAUGGAACUUGAGAAAGCAAUUCAAGAAUCUAAGGUUUCUAUUGUGGUUUUCUCGAGAAAUUAUGCUUCGUCUAGUUGGUGUCUUGAUGAACUAGUCAAAAUUCUCGAAUGCAAAGAGAAGUUAAAGCAAGUUGUUUUGCCUAUUUUUUAUGAUGUCGAUCCUUCUCAAGUGCGCAAGCAAAAUGGAUGCUUCGGUGAAGCUUUAGCUAUGCUCAAGGAACGAUCAUUUGGAGAUCAAAGAAUGGACAACUGGACAACUGCACUUACCGAAGCUGCAAAUUUAUCUGGAUGGGAUUUACGGAAUAUUCUUUGAUCAAAUAGUUUUUUUAAUUCAAA